AGGAGGCAGCUCAAGGGCAGACAAAGCAAAGAAUAAACAAAAAGCCCGCCGGCGACGCUCCUACAAAGAGUUGAUGGCAGGGAACGAGGCUACUGUUACGGGCUGCUUCUGGGCGCCUGCUCGGCGGGCCCGUGCCUCCGUCGCUGCUCGACGGCUGCUACUCGUGUCUGUGGCGGCGGCGGAGGUAUCCCCACCCCCGUAACGAGCUUUGCAUCGCUCGCUCCUCCUUACAGGGCCGCCUUUUGGCCAAAGGCCCUGUCCCCCUAUUAAAGGGGAAAAGCUCUAAGACAAGAGGGUCAAAACACAAUGGAAAGGUGUCUUGACUGCUGAUGCUCCUCUUUAAAGUGUUAAGUCACAGCCAGAAGGAAGCAGUGAUGGAGGGAAGGCCCCUUGAAAGUGUUAAGUUACAGACAGAAGGAAGCAGUGAUGGAGGGAAGGCCCCUUGAAAGUGUUAAGUCACAGCCAGAAGGAAGCAGUGAUGGAGGGAAGGCCCCUUGAAAGUGUUAAGUUACAGACAGAAGGAAGCAGUGAUGGAGGGAAGGCCCCUUGAAAGUGUUAAGUUACAGACAGAAGGAAGCAGUGAUGGAGGGAAGGCCCCUUGUAAGUGUUAAGUUACAGACAGAAGGAAGCAGUGAUGGAGGGAAGGCCCCUUGAAAGUGUUAAGUUACAGACAGAAGGAAGCAGUGAUGGAGGGAAGGCCCCUUGAAAGUGUUAAGUCACAGCCAGAAGGAAGCAGUGAUGGAGGGAAGGCCUCUAUAAAGCAUGCAGUCAUAGGCGACAAGGCCAGGUUACUCAAAUCCCUGAGGCACCUCUCCAAGAAGGCCAUCAACAAGACCUUCCCCAGGUCCUUCUACACUGCCUUGCACCUCGCGACCGAGAACAACUUCCCCAAGCUGAUGACCGCCCUGCUGGAGGCCGGCGCGGACCCCAACAACCAGGACCACUCACGGAGCAUGUUCUGUCCCCUUCACUACGCCGCCCAGAAAGGUAACGCGGAGGUGGUCAAGGCCCUCGUGGAGAAAGGUGCCAACCCCAAUGCCAAGGAAGGGCAGUUUGGCAACACGGCCCUCCACCUCCUCGCCAAACACUUUAAGACCGACGAAGACUCCUACAAGGCCUGUCUAGAUGCCCUCCUGGCCUGCAACAAGACUUUCGUGGUUGUCCUCAACUUGAAGAGACAGUCUCCGCUCUCCAUGGCCACCCACAGGGGCUGUAGCCACAUGGUGAAGCAGCUUAUAUACAAGGGGGCGAACAUUAAGGUAACUUAUGGCAACGGAACCAUUGAGGAUCUUAUCAAGAAUGAGUUAUCUGACUUGCUGGACUCCAUCGACUCCUCCGCCAUCGUUGAGCCACAAAGGCACCUCAGCGAGGUGCUCUACAACGCUCUGAUCCGCCGUGACAUUGAACUCUUUCGGGAGAUCCUGGACGAGACUGAGGAAGACGAGUCACAGUCCAUGAAGUCAGCACUGAAGAAGGACCACGGGAAGUACACGCUGCUGAUGUAUGCAUGCAAGGAAGGACUGACGGACUUUGUGAAGGAGUUGCUGAAGCGCGGUGCUGACCCUUCACAGCAGGACCAGACCAGCAAGAUGAACCCGAUCCUAUUCGCAGCACAGCACGGCUACUACAAAAUGCUCAGGCUCCUGCUGCUGGCGCUGAGCGGCCAGGAUGACCCGAACACAGACUGCAGGAAGGUGAAGGCCGCCCUAAAGAAGACAGAUGACAGGGGGCAGACGGCUCUGCACAAGGUAGUCAGGAGGGAGUAUGACAAUAAAGAAGAAGGCGUUGAUUACUCCAAGUGUCUGGAGCUGCUACUAGACAAGAAAUGA